UAGAUGCAAAUAUCGUUUUUAUUUUCGAAACGGUCAGUUUUGUGCUGCUUGUGAUUUUCGGGUUGCGAUUUUUGGUUACGGUUAUAGAGAGACACAGUUUUGUUUGUCAGUGCCUUUACUUUUUUUCGAGAUAUUUUUUACCAUAGACAAUGAACGGGUAAGUGACUAAUUAGAUAAUUAUUUGUAAAUCUGCGAGUGAAUUAUCCUAAAGCCUUUAAUUAACUAAUCAACCGCUGUUUAUUGACGGUUAAGUUUCGCAAAAUUUAAAAUAAAAGGAAAAAGGGAAUGCUUCUUCUAAAGAGCAAAAAAAGCAAGGGCCUUUUUUACCGAUAAUUUUUUGAAAUGCCGGGGGUUAAUUUUUCUUUUUUCUUCGCGUGUAGCCUAGAGAAGACAUUUACCUGAUUGAGUUUUUUAUCUGCAUUAUACAGGUGCGUCGCUAUUGAAGUAUUACGUUGCCACCGGUGCCUACUCAGGGCCGACACUGUCUGCCCUGAAGCGAUAUUCGCUUGCGAUGGCGUCGAGGCGCAUACGUUCUGCGCCUCGUGUGCCGAUGUGAUUGGCUGGUUGCAAAAUGAACCCCCGCUACUUUGCCCCUUUUGCGGGAUGAUUGUUUUUCGCUCCAGGGUGCUGGAGCGAAUGGCUUUUUUGGGAGAAAGAAGACGCCAAGAAAUGGAGAGGAUGCCUGGCCCUCCACCCUUAAUCCCAAUUCAGGAGAUCCCGAACUUCCAAGACGUAAUCUCCAUCGGAUCCAGCGAGGAGACAGCGGAAUUCCCACACCAUGGCGGGGAAGUUAGACCGGGUUCGCCAAGCUCGGGGAGUAGCACCGUAAGCUACAUUUUCGAGUUGCCGCCUCCCUUGGAUCCUGAGGAGUCGCUCGAUUCGGGAUAUGGACACGAACAUAUUUAAAAAAAGUACGAGCGGGUAUUUCCACGAUAACGCUGACACCGUUAAAUUUCUAAUUUUCUUUUUUCAGAUUCCGGAAUAUAAAUAUUUGCUCGUUACCUCUCGUGUUUUAUUUCCUCUGUCCUUGGUGCGCAAUAAAAGCACAGUUUGUACCCGCGAGGGUACACAUUCGCAGAAUUAUAUGUUUUUAAAAUAAAUGUUUUGGUCAAUAUUCACUAGGUGGGGUUACCUUAUUCAAGAAAAUCUUAUUCCAAGAGGGGACACUAGUUUACAUUCGAACCGCUAGAGGGUGCAGAUGGUCACGCGAACAAUAUGAUCAAGUCUCAUUGACGCCAUUGCUUUUCUUAGGGGUGGGAAAAUAUCUGGGCUCUGAUUGG